CUGCUCGAAUAAUCUACAGUUAAAGAUCUCGAAUAUUCCCAAGUCUUCCCCGUGUAUUCGCAAAUAUUUUUGCUAAUAGCAAAAACGGUGCAGGGGCCAGCGGAUUAUUUCAUUUGAAAAUUUUGGCGGUCUUAGUUGGUCGACGGUUAACCGCCUCAGCUUUACGCAUGUUAUAACUUUGUGUCUUGCCUCUACUUCGAACUCCUAUCUUCUUCAAGACGCAGAUACAGUGGAAUGCAUAUUAUGAAGUUAAUGGAAAAGGGACUACAAGGACUACAGUAUGAUGUUUGUGAAAUUGAAGUUUAGUGAUAUGAUGAGAGAUGAAGAAAGAGAAACAGAACCCGGAAAGACAGUCAUCCUAGAGCUGAUGUCAUCAGAGGAAUCAGAUAGCGAGGAGAGAUACAGAGUGAGGCGCUCUAUGGAAGUAUGUAAUUUCUUUAGUGAACUUGAUAGAAGGCGUGGGCAGUUACAGACCCCACAACAGAAGAGACAGACAAACAGAAGAGUGGUAGGGGACAGCAGUGAUCGCACAAGUGAGGCUGUCCCAGAUGAACUAAGAGAGGUUGCAGUAUCUGAGGACAAGAAAGUUGAGUCACUUAAUUAAGGAGGCUUAAAAUGGUUUUUCAGUCUUCUUACAUUAGAAGAUAAAAACAAUGAAAUUUCAACCAAAGUGCUCUUUAAAUUACUGAAAAUCAUGUAUCAUGUUACUGUUGAGGAUCCUUGUGAAUGCGGAUAUUCUAUUGAUUAUUUAUUGAACUAUUGAUAUAGUAAAUAUAUUAAAAUAAACAAAUUACAAUGCAG